AUCAUUCCAGUUUGGCAACUUCACCUGUCGGACUGCUUUAAUUGAGCUACCAACAGUCCCCCAGUCACUCCUGGAAUACGGCGGCGAGAGGCAGCAGCUUGCUAGGUGGACAACGAGGAUGCUGACCUUGAAGGACCAAGGUCCGCCCAGCACUCGGGCCUCCUCCAGCCAGUGCUGACCAGGGUCUUCUGACCUGCUGGCCAGCCAGGACCUGUGCGGGGAGGCCCUCCUGCUGCCUUGGGGUGACGAUCUCAGCUCCAGGCUACAGGGAGACGACCUGGACGACCACAGAGCCAGCAUGGAUCCUGACAGUGAUCAGCCUCUGAACAGCCUCGAUGUCAACCCUCUGCGGAAAUCCCGUACCCCCAUGGAGACCUUCAGAAAGGUGGGGAUCCCCAUCAUCAUGGCACUGCUGAGCCUGGCGAGUAUCAUCAUUGUGAUUGUCCUCAUCAAGCUGAUUCUGGAUAAAUACUACUUCCUCUGCGGGCAGCCCCUCCACUUCAUCCCAAGAAGCCAGCUGUGUGACGGGGAACUGGACUGUCCCUUGGGGGAGGACGAGGAGUACUGUGUCAAGAGCUUCCCCGAAGGGCCUGCAGUGGCAGUCCGCCUCUCCAAGGACCGAUCCACCUUACAGGUGCUGGACCCAGCCACAGGGAACUGGUUCUCUGCCUGUUUCGACAACUUCACAGAAGCUCUGGCCAAGACAGCCUGUAGGCAGAUGGGCUACAGCAGCUCACAACUCUCUCUCCCUCUUGAUGCGAGCAGCAAACCCACUUUCAGAGCUGUGGAGAUUGGCCCAGACCAGGAUCUGGAUGUUGUUGAAAUAACAGAAAACAGCCAGGAGCUUCACGUGCGGAACUCAAGUGGGUCCUGUCUCUCAGGCUCCCUGGUCUCCCUGCACUGCCUUGCCUGUGGGGAAAGCCUGAAGACCCCCCGCGUGGUGGGUGGGGAGGAGGCCUCUGUGGAUUCUUGGCCUUGGCAGGUCAGCAUCCAGUACGACAAACAGCACGUCUGCGGAGGGAGCAUUCUGGACCCCCACUGGGUCCUCACGGCAGCCCACUGCUUCAGGAAACAUACCGAUGUGUUCAACUGGAAGGUGCGGGCCGGCUCAGACAAACUGGGCAACUUCCCAUCCCUGGCUGUGGCCAAGAUCAUCAUCAUUGAAUUCAACCCCAUGUACCCCAAAGACAAUGACAUUGCCCUCAUAAAGCUGCAGUUCCCACUCACUUUCUCAGGCACAGUCAGGCCCAUCUGCUUGCCCUUCUUUGAUGAGGAACUCACUCCAGCCACCCCACUCUGGGUCAUUGGAUGGGGCUUUACAAAGCAGAAUGAAGGGAAGCUGUCUGACAUACUGCUGCAGGCGUCAGUCCAGCUCAUUGACAGUACACGGUGCAAUGCAGACGAUGCGUACCAGGGGGAAGUCACCGAGAAGAUGAUGUGUGCAGGCAUCCCAGAAGGGGGCGUGGACACCUGCCAGGGUGACAGUGGUGGCCCCCUGAUGUUCCAGUCUGACCAGUGGCAGGUGGUGGGCAUCAGUAGCUGGGGCUAUGGCUGCGGGGGCCCGAGCACUCCAGGAGUGUACACCAAGGUCUCAGCCUAUCUCAACUGGAUCUACAAUGUCCGGAAGUCUCUCUUGUUCUAGGCUGAGCUGUAAUGCUGCCCCUCGGCAGUGCUGGGAGCUGCUUUCUUCUUGCCCUGCCCACCUGGAGAUCCCCCAAAGUCAGACAGAGCAAGAGCUCCCUUGGGUACACCCCUCUGCCCACAGCUUCAGCAUUUCUUGGAGCAACAAAGGGCCUCAAUUCCUUUGAGGAAGAGAUCCCCACAGCCCAGAGGCACCCAGAGGAAGUCAGCAGCCUAGCUCAGCCAUGCUUGGUGCUCCCAGCAUCCCAGAGAGACGCAGCCCACUGAACAAACCAGUCUGCAGGCCAAGGUCUCAGGGGUAUUGCUGAGAAGGAACUUUCACACACUACUUACUGAAUGGAAGCAAGCUGUCUUAUGAGAGCCCAGAUCACUGUGGGCUGGAGAGGAGGAGGAAAGGUUUGUGCCAGCCCUGUCCUUCUUCACCCAUCCCCAAGCCUACUGGAACAAGAAACCAGUUGUAAUAGAAAACGCACUGCCCUACUGUUGGUGUGACUACUAUCACCUACUGUUGUUGUUCUUACAGCUAUGGCCACUAUUAUUAAAGAGCUGUGUGACAUC